CGCAUGUGCAACAAGUUGCUUGGCGUUUUUGCUCUCAUAAAAAAUCGUUAAAAAUACGUAUUGUUCGCGAGAAAUUGGGUUUAUAUCGGAAGUUUUUUGCAGAAAAGGGGCACCAUGAAUGAUGAUGAAAUUGUGGCAAAACGUCCGAAAUUGGAUGAACAGAAUGAUGAUAUUGGGAACAAUGUUGCAGAAAAUGUUGCGAACGAAGUGAUUUUACUCGAUGACGAUGACGACGCCAACGCGAAUGAACUACAGAAUGGCAUCGUGGAUCAAGAACAGAACGGCAAUGGAAUCGAUACAUUCUCCACAUUGAAUGAGGAUUGUUGUCGUUCAAUAUUCGAUUGGUUAUCAUCGGGUGACGUAAAAUCGGUGGGUCAAACCUGCAAGAAAAUGAAUAAACUGAUAGACUUUCACAUCAAACACAAGUAUCCGGCAAAAAAGUUAUUAAUCCGUACACCACUCACAUACUUUUUGCCGGCAUCGGAAAGAACUCCAAAUGGUUUCCAUAAAUGCUAUCGAAAUGUCAUUCUCGAAGAUUUUGAUAUUGGAAUCUUCCGUUUUUUGGCCACCCACAUCGAAACCAUCGACAAGAUUCAAUUUGGUCAAAAGAUCUUCCGAAAGCGUCUUGACAAUGAAAUGGUCGAUUGUAUCAAAGAACAAUUGAAAGUGGCAACGUCGAUUGAAUUUCUUGGCUGCAAAAUUGACGGAGAUUUGUACAACAUGGUGCUACAAUUCUGUGAAGAUAUGAAACGUUUGUCCAUUCGCAUCUAUUCCAACGAAGGCAUAUACAUGGGAAUCAACGAUGAUUGGUUGAAGCAAACGUACCCGAAACUGGAACAUUUGGCAUUGGUGAAAGAUGCACGGCCCAUCCCCCAACUGAAGAAUUUCUUUCAGAAGAAUCAAACCGUCAAAAGUUUCACCACAUCGAUGUCGAUCAUCAAUUUGAAUAAAAGCAUUUUUCAACAGGGCGCCGUUAAAUUGAACGACUUGGGCAUUGAAUUGAAUCUCGACGACAAGGAAAAUGUGCAAAUGUUCAGCGAUUUUCUAAACAAAAUUGAAAAAAGUGGCCGUUUCAAUCGAUUGAAACUGCGUUUUAUGGAUCCAACCAUUCUGACUGAUCACGCCGAUGAUAUUGCAGCCAUGAACGGAUUGCACAGCAUUUAUUUUGAUUGCGAGGUCAAAAUAAACAAGGAAUUCAUCGAGGCUUUGACAAAGUUAACAUUUCAAAUGCUAUACAUUCGCCGCCCAAUUGCCGACUGUGACGACGAAGAACCUUUGAUUAAUGGUGCACUGAAUGUCAAGGAACUUUACUUCCAAGAGAUUGAAAGCAAAGGAGUCAACACCCAUAUUGUGCCAUUCAUUGAAAAAGCACCGAACCUCCGCAAAAUUGUCAUACGGAAAGUUAACGGAAGAUUGGACAUGGAACUGACCAGAGUCAACAAGGAACGAGAUAUGAUGAAGCGAUUAGAAAUUUUUGUCGAUGAAACAACAUUUCUGCAUAUCAAAUGGCACAAUAAGGACACCAAAUUUGAUAGCAUUGAAGUGAAACGAUUCGAUGCCGAUUUGACCAACCAUCCAUUUGCAUUGCAUGAUGAAUAAGACGAUACAUGAAAUCAAAGAAAGCUUAAAGCAUGCAGCAAACGACCAAAUUCACAUUUACUACUUUCUUUCACUGAAGAAUCUUUAGAUUUAAUGGAAUUUGUUUGGGAACAAAACCAAAUUUUUACUUUUGAUUUUAAA